AGAAAAAGAAGGAGCGGAAAAGAAAGAAAUGAAAGAAAAGAAUGAAAAAAAAGAAAGAAAAGGAAAGAAAAGAAGAAAAGAGCAGGAAAAAAAGAGAACAGGAAAGAAAAGAAGUGAAGAAAAAAAAUGA